AAAAAAUUGAGUCAUAGGUAUAUACGCAUGCGCUAGUAGCAAGAGUAGUUUACUAUUCUGACACUGGUGGCGUAUUAGUUGAUCACGAUUGCCGCUAGUAGUGAAGUAAUUUUAUCUUUAGAUCAAACUGCGUUUUAUCCGAGGUACGAAGUUUCUGGUUUUAUGAAUUUGUGUAAAGGAUAGUUCUGGUUGCUGUAUAUAGUGUACAAGAUGAAUGGAAAAAUGUCGUUGCUUCGCGCCAAAAUAUAGCCUAUUGUGAAGGGGUAGGUACACAUGGCUGACGAAAAAGACCUGCAGAACGGCUUGGACGAACAUCUAGAUAGUCCUCAACCCAACCAACUUGAUUCGUCUUACUUUGCUUACCAACAGUCCCAGUCGGUGUGGUAUUACGAUCCUUACCUGCACCAAACAGUGCCUGUACUUCUUCUAGAAGAGGGCGCAUUUUCAAAUACAUACCUCCCCAGCUCGGAGGAACACGACCAUGUAAUCCAAAAUACACCAAACACUGUACGUACUGGCCAUAGCAGCUCGCCUUCGAAUACGACUUUCACAGGUAUGGAAUGCAGAACCGAGGCACCAGUGCUAAGUGAGGUAAUAAAUGGUAGAGCUCACAACAGAAAGGAUUCUCCAAUGCCAACUAAAAUGUAUCAUAAUACUAGAAGGAAGUCGCUCCCCGUGAAUUUGAUAUUAGUGGGCGCGACUCCAAGUGGCAGUGAUAGUCAUUCGCACAACCAAGAUAAGUCAUUACCAAAUCCUGACGAGAGUUUUGAAAUAAACUAUUUCAAUGACCCACUUCAUGUAGAAUCGGAAAUAGUAAUAGGUAUGAAUGGAGACAUUGGCGAUGGUCACUCCACAGAUGCAGGAACCCUUAAUGAUGAGGCUAACUCUGAAAGUCAAUUCUCAAUUGAGACGAGCAGCUCAAAAGAGGCUAAUAGUGGGCGAACGCUUACACCAAAACAGUCCACCAAGUCUACCGCUAGUGAAUUUCGAGUCUCCGACUACCAUAAAACAGUUACACGGAAAGUCUAUGGAAAUGCUAAGCGCCUCGCUAAACAAAGAAUGGCUAAUGAGGCUGAAGAUCAGCGUGCGUCUAUACCAAGAACAGGGUACAUUCAGCCAACUGAGAAGAUCUUGAGCAACCCACCUGAAAAUCCACGAAAAACAACUCAAACGCUCAGAGAACCUACUGAGGUUGCGGCCAAAGCACCGUCGAGCGCGUCCACUAAAGAUAAAGAAAAUCAUCUUAUCGAGCUGCCCGUAGAUUUGCCGAAACUUCGAAAGGUCUGGCAAGAUGCCAUGAUUCCCCUGAAAGAAUGCGUACCGAGGGUUUACGCGAAUUCGUCGAAGAAACCUCAACGGGAAAGGUCCAAAUUUGAUCAACUGUUCGGUUCGGACACUGACGACGAUUAUGGCGAUAAAUCGACAAACGGCAAACGCUUGAUUAACUCGAUGCCUUGGAGGGUGAGAGAAAUCGAUGAUUAUAUUAUGUUGAUAAUAAAUCGCGGCCAGAUUUCGACGUGUGACGCCGUGUUUGAGACGGCCCUCGAGCUUAACGUUGAUGAAUCGGAAAGAGCGGUGGCCGAAUAUGGUGAGAUCAAACUUGAGUUGGAAAUUCCAAGUGUUGCUGAAGUGACCGUUUAUUCCGAUACAGUAACUGCGAGACAGGCUUGCGGUUCUGAUGAGACUGAAACAGUAAAUGAGAUUAAUAACCUCAUGGAGAUGCAUUGGAAUGAAACCGACAUCCCCAUUAUAUUUCACAACGAUCAAUGUCAGGAACUCACAGAUAGUGUUCAAAUGGAAUGUGGACGUGACACCGAAACCGAAAUUCGCAGUAGGCCCGCUCGUGGCCGGGCACGAGGCAGAGGUCGUCGGCAAGCUCGAGGUCGUGGGGGCAGAUAUACAACUCGAGCCACCUCCCAAUCUUCAAACGUUGAAGCGAUCGCCACCGAAUUUUGCAAGGAACUCUGGGAGCUCAUCUUUUACAAUGUGAAAAACUGCGAAAUACUAGUUAGGCAAACAAAAAGCUACACCAAAAUCCAGCCGGCGAAGGAGAAGAUUAAUUUAGUCCUGAAACACUAUCACCAAGCGCGAGAAAAGGAAGUUGAAGAACUAGCCCGGCUCACUCUGGGUUUUCUGCGCCAGCACACUAUAUCCAACUUUAUAUAUAAACAAUUUUUAAAAUUCUGCUACGAGUACGGUCGCCAAAAAGGAAUGCGGGUAACAGUUCCGGCGCUAGUGAAAUUUCUGUUCUCUGUUGUGUUGAAAAUUAAAGAGAUGGAAACCAAUCUGGAAGGAUUCGUUCGGCAGUUUUGCGCGGAGGUGGAAGGAGAAUACGAUACCGCUGUAAGGCGGCGGAACGUUAGGGACGAUUUUAUUCUUCCCAAAUUUCCUCAUUCGCCACCGCCACUCUAUCCAUUGGAGGCAGCCAUACGAACUGAAGUCGGUAGUUCCACAUUCCAAAAUUCUACGCUCGCCAAUAUUGAUUACACCGAUUUACCUGAGUAUUCAGAAGCGGCGGCGCUAGUGCGGACUGCUAUUGCGACAGAACAGGCACUUCAUCGAAUGCAAAAUGCGAUGUCCACUAUCGAAUGCGAGCCUAAACCGGAACCAAGUGAUGCAUUUACAGCGGUGCAAAAACAGUUAUUAAAGCUGCAGGUGUUGCAGUACCACGAGUUAUUUCAGAAUUACCAGCGACUUGUGGAGAGCGCCCGACAAGAGCAGUGGCACGUACCUCAUUAUUACUACUUCCAAUGGCCCAGAAUUGGUGUUAAUGACCAGACUGACAUUGCACCCCCUGCACCUCCUACAAAUGCAUGGGAUGAUGGCGCACAUUCUGAUCGACAUUGUCAGAUGAACGAUGACUACCACAGUCAAGAGCAAAUCACGAACGUCUCACGUCCUAGUACACCAGAGUGCCUGAGGGCUGAAACUGCAGCACAAAACACCAAUCCUGGCGCGUUGCCCUCAAGCGAGCCAACAGAAACUACCACACCCGCCUAUUCUACUGUUAUUAAAAGAAGUAACUCUCCACCGGCGAAAAGGACGAGACCAAACAAUGACCAAAAUGCAAUCAUCGACCUCGACCAGUGGUACAUGGAAAAAAUGAGACAAUCCGACUUUAUCGAUUUGGACGAUUACGACGGUCCCAUUCAAGAUCGGAAGGAUCCUGUUCAGAAUUCUGGAGACUAAGACCUUUACUUCGGGAAGCGAACAAGACUAUGGAGUCCAAUGUUAUUGCCGCGGUCACAUUACCCAGUUCAUAGUACAAAAUGUUUCAGUACAAAAACUAAUUAUAUGUACCUAAAUAACUGUUUUUAUAUCAAAAGAUUUAUUUAUUAACUGUUACCAUGUUUUAAAGAUAGUAUUUAGCGUUUUAAUUUCGUCUCUGCUUAGAA